AUGCACAAGGCUAUUGCUUUGAUUGUUCUGGUUGUUUUUGGAAGUGUAGCAGCUCAUACACGUAAAAUUAAUGCUCAACCAAGUCAUAUUCAACGUGUUGCAUCGUCCUUAAAACAAGAAAGUAACGGCAUUGAUUGGUGCCCACAAUGUGUUAACACAUUUGAUCAAUUAAUCUAUUAUGUGCUCGAUGGCAUUCUCGAAUUGGGUAUUAUUAAUACAUGUGAUGAUAUAUGUAACUAUGUUACUGAAAAGUCGGGAUCACCUGUUUUAUACGCUAUUUGUGCAGUCGGUUGUGAUGCACUGGGAAUUAACGAAUUUAUUAAAAUAGCUAAAGAAGUUGAUCUUGAUCCAAUUUAUUUUUGUGAAUCUUUGAAAGUUUGUCCCAUAUUUGAUAGUGGUGAUGCUAAAUUUAAAUCAUUUGUUAUUUUACCACCGCACGCUCCAGUUUAUAGUACUUUUGUUAUUGAUUUUGCUUAUGAAUCCAUGAAUGGAACUGGUACUGGUCAAUUGGUUGUCAGUAUUCAAACUAUUGAUGGUGUUGAACUUUCGACUACUCUUUUGAUUGAACCACAAAAGCCAGGUAGAUAUGCUGAACGUAUUAGUGUUGAUGCUAGUCCAGAUCCAGAUUGUGAUCCUGCUGCCCAACAAUGUGAAGAAUGGUUUCCAGGCGUGUAUAAUGUUACGGUUAUGGUUUGUAAUGGAGAAUGUGGUUCACAUCAUCCUCAUAGUCAAAUUUAUGAUACGGUUAAAGGCUCAUUUCAAAUUGAUUAA